GUUCCUCUUUGCCGCGUUUAGGUUCCUUUCUGAAGUUCUGCUGAAGUGUCCAUCUCUCAGUAAAUCUGCCCCCGAAGCCGCAAUGAGCCUCUGCAGCUCCACACUCAGUGGCCCGGAGGACAUGGACGAGUUGGAGUCGGUUGGUUGGUACCAUUAUGAUUUGUCUCGACAUGCAGCUGAGGCUCUGCUCUUGUCGAAUGGGGUCGAUGGGAGUUUUCUGCUCAGAAACAGCCACAAGGGACCCGAAUGUUUUGCCCUCUCUGUCAGGGCAAAGGACUCGGUGAAGCACUUCCACGUGCAGAGGCAGAACGGGAGGUAUUCUUUUGGAUUCAACGAGUUUUCAUCCCUUCAGGAUUUCACCAGUCACAUGGCCAAUCAGCCGCUACUGGGCAGUGAGACAGGUAACCUGAUAGUGCUGCGGUUCCCAUACCCCCGACAGGUGGAGGAGCCAUCCAUUUAUGAGUCUGUUUGUGUGCACACAGCUAUACAGACAGGACGGAGUGAAAGUGACUUGGUCCUCAGUGCGCCAUCGCUUGGCACAAAAGAGGGAUAUCUGGUGAAACAAGGAGGCAUCAUAAAGAACUGGAAACAACGAUGGUUCACACUGAACAGAAAUGAGCUGAAGUACUUCAAAGACAAAAUGUUUUCAGAACCUAUUCGGACCCUGGAUCUGACCGCGUGCUCUGCUGUUCAGUUUGAUUACAGCCAGGAGAGGGUUAACUGCUUCUGUCUAGUGUUUCCUGAGAGGACGUAUUAUUUGUGUGCAAAAUCAGGUGUGGAGGCUGAUGAAUGGAUAAAGAUACUGCGCUGGAAAUUGUCACAGAUAAGAAAAGGAAGAUGAUGGCCAGAAUAUGGAAAAGAAGAAAAGGAACUACUCGGAGUGGGAGCUGUGAGGGCAGUUAGGAAUUAUAUAAUAGGAUGAACUUAGUCAGAAUUCGGUAGCUCCUGUGGUAGCUCCACUGUAAUCUGUUGUCAAGGCAUCAUUGUGUGGUUUGACGAAUGGCUAAGUAAGUUCUGACCUUCUGUUACACGGCCCACAUAUGGAGAAUUACAGUGAUCAGGGGAAGGAAGAGAAUGGGUCUAAUGGCAUUUACAAACUGAGGUCAUUAUUGGUGCAACUAAUUACACUUUCCCCUGUGGAACCAUGUAGUGCCUGUAGUGCACUGCUGCAUCAGUGCAAUGCACUGCAAGGUAUUGAUAAAAUACUAAAACCCUGGAUGGAAACAGGAAUUUAACUUAACUUGUUAAGUUAAACUUAAUUUAACUUUACUAACGGCUACACUGAUGACUCCUACCUCAUUAAACUGUGGUUAGCAGUUCUUGAAUAAAAGUGUGACAGUCAGCACCUUGAUCAGUGUUACAAAUGUAAGAUUCAGGUUUUUUUAUUUACAGUACCCUCCGAAAAUAUUGGAAUGACAAGGCUAAUUCUUUUGUUUUUGCUAUACACUGAAGAUAUUUGGGUUUGAGAUCAAAAGUUGAACAUGAGAUGAUAGAUCAGAAUUUCAGCUUUCAUUUCCUGAUAUUUACAUCUAGAUGUGUUAAAUAACUUAGAACAUGGCACCUUUUGUUUUAACCCAAACAUUUUUCAAGUGAUAAAAUAUAUUGAAACAUGUGAAUUACAGGUUUUUGUGUUGCCCAGGUAUGCCCUUAAUAGCUCUGAAUAUCUGUGAAGAAAAACCUCAAAACAACAGGCUACCAAAGUGAUGGAAAGGCCACAGUGGUCAACACAGCAAAGGAUUUCAUCAGGGGAAAAAAGUGGAAGGUUUUAGACUGGCCAGGUCAAUCACCAGACCUUAUCCCAGUUGAGCAUUCUUUUCACCUCCUGAACAGUAGACUGAAAGGAGAAACCACCCAAAACAAAGAACAACUGAAAGAAGCUGUGGUACAAGCUGGGAAAAGCAUCACCAAAGAGGAAUGCAACAGUUUGGUGAUGUCAGUGGGUCACCAGAUUGAUGCAGUUAUUGCAAGCAAGAUACACAAUAUACAAAUAAAUAAUAAAUGUUAUUUACUUUAAGACUAUCUAUUCCAAUACUUUUGCUCAUCUAAAAAUUGGGGUGUCUGCCACCAAAAGUGCCAUGUUCUAAUUUGUUUAACACAUCUCGAUGUACAGUACCACUAGAAAGUUGGUGAACCCUUUACUAUUUUCUGUAUUUCUACAUAAAUGACCUGAAAUGUGGUUGGAUCUUUAUCUAAAUCCUAAAACUAGAUGAAGAGAACCCAAUUAAACAAAUGACACAAAACAUGAUAGUUUUUACAUUUAUUUAUUGAGCAAAAUUAUCCAACAUUAAUUAUCUUUUUCAGAAAAAGUAUGCAAAUCUUUGCUUUCAGUAACUAGUGUGACCCCUUUGAGUAGCAAUAACUUCAACCAAACAUUUUCAGUAAAUGGUAAUCAAUCCUGCCCAACGGGUUGGAGGAAUUUUGGAGGAAUUCCUCCUUAUAAAACUGCUUCAACUCAGUGGUGGUGGUGGGCCUGCUUGCAUGGACUGAUCUUUUUAGGUCCUUCCACAACAUUUCCUUUGAGGUCAGGUCUGGACUUGGGCAUUGCAAAAUAUUGAUAUUACUCAGUGCAGAAGUGGCCUGUAGGUCCUUAGCUGUUACCCUGGGGUUCUUUGUGACUUCCUGUAAUAUUAUUAACUGCACCCUUGGAGUGAUUUUUGCUAGAUGACCACUCAUUGGGAGAUUAAUAUUUGUGCUGAAUUUCUUCCAUUUGUAUAUCACCUCCCUUGCAGUGAAUUGGUGAAGGCCAAACUCUUUAGAAAUAGGAAUGUCUUUUGAUUGAGGCAUGGCACACGCAAUAAACCUGUGUAGUGAAGACCAGAUUUUGAUAGUGAAGACCCAGGUUUAUGUUCAUGAAACAUGGGAGGGCCUGCUAAACUCAUGCCUGAUUGCUAUCCCCUUGAUUGAAACACCUGACUUCAAUUACCCCUUUAAGUUAACUCAUACUCCUAGAGGUUCACAUACUUUUUCCAAUAAAGAUAUUUAAUGUUGGAUAAUUUUGCUCAGUAAAUAAAUGUAAAAUGUCAUUUGUUUAAUUGGGUUCUCUUUAUCUAGUUUUAGGACUUAGAUGAAGAUCUGAUCACAUUUCAGGUCAAAUUUAUGCAAAAAUACAGAAAAUUGUAAAGGGUUCACAAACUUUCUAGCAGCACUGCAAAUAUCAGGAAAUGAAAGCUGAAACUCUGAUCAAUUGUCUGAACUUCAUCUUUUGAUCAUAAAUCCAAAUGUCUUUAGUGUACAGCAAAAACAAAAGAAUUGGCUUUGCUGUUCCAAGUACCUUCAGAAGGGAAUGUACACUGCAUUGGCAAACAAUGAACAUCAGGACGGACAUUUAACAGCAUAAAGCUACAGUGGAGUUUCAGCCAACAGUGACUUUCAACGUUUAUUCUUUAGUUGCAUUUGAAGAAAGCCAGAAGAUAUUUUUAACCCCUAAUAUCUGCUGGAAAGCCGUGUUAAACAUGGUGGUGGAGCUACUGUAUGGUAUUGGGCAGCCAUAUGUCUUGAUAGGAGUCUAGUUCAGAUAAGUUCUUCGUGUAGGAAGACGGAAGAUGGGGCCAUUUACUGGAGCAGGUGCACCAAACACUGUUCAAGAUGUCUCUACAGUUGUUGCUAAAUCCAGUAGUUGCUUUUACACAAAGAGGAAGUUGUACACUUUAAAAGGACUCAUUAUAGAAUAUUCUAGAGAAUAGUCUGUGAAGUAGAUUAAUUCCUCCUACUUUAUGCAGGAGACAGUAUUUAAUAGUUGAAUUUGUGCAAUAAGAGCUUUGCCAGAAGAACUGAGGCAGUUUUUUGUUCUAUAAAUCAUGAUCCUGCUCCUUCUUAAUAUUAUUGUGUUGUCCACCAACUUUUGUAUUGAGCAUGUCUGAUGCAGUAAUUUAUUUAUGUA